CUGUGGUUAAAAUAACACAGCCUCUAUUCAGAGCACAAACUUAGAGCUGCUAGCGGGAGCAGGCUUGGGAUUUAGACAACUCUCAGCAGAUGAGCCUGUUCAAGGGGCUUUCUCGGGUUUGUUUUUCAUCCUGCUUCUGAUCCAUGAGAGGAAACCAGGCUCUCUCCUCUGGGCACGCAAGUGAUGGGUCCUGCUGGAAAGAGCUUUCUGAUGGCACAGCUGUGAGUGAAACCAGCACAAUAUGUUCAGUGUUGAGGACCUCCUGAUUUCUCAUGGAUACAAAUUGUCAAAAAAUCCCCCUGUUUCAUAUGAGAACAGAUAUGAUGGAUACCGGCAUGAAGUCACAGGGAACAGAUCUGCUCAGAGAACGCUGAAUGGGUUUGAGGCAGAAUCAAGAGCCGGGGCAUACAGCAAGAAACCUCUGGUGAAAACCAACUCGAGCAGCACUGAAAGCAGCCAUGGGAGCCAAGGGAGGCAAGCGGGUCCUGGUUACCACCAUGACCUUCAGGGUUUGUCCACUUUUCAUACUUCAGAAGGGGGGGUUUAUGACAAGACUCAAUUAGCAUGGUCUUCCCAGCCCAGGACUGAUAAAGAUCUCGCCUACUGGAGAAGACGAGGACAGGACUUCAGUGUGCUACUGAGCUAUUCCCAGAAAGGCGGCGUGGAAAUGAAAGGCCUGUCUGCAGCCCCGGGGGCACCCCGGCACCCCAGGGAGAGUCAGCUGAAGGUGGGGACGGGCGCAGGGUAUGCCAGAAGAAGCGGCUUGCAGGAAAGCUGCGAAGUGCCCGGCGACUGCAAAUGGCAGAGUCUGGGAAUGGAAAGCUGGAACCAGACAAAAAAGGCAGGGAGGCAAAUGUCCGAGGGUGACAGGGAGAAGCUGCUUCAGGAGCUGUAUUCGCUCACCCUGGGAGAUAACGUACUGAGCACCCACAACAAGGGGAAAUCACAGUCCUUGCCGAGGGUCCUUUCACCAGAGAGUAUGAGGUGCGUGGAAAUGCCCUCCCUAAACAACAGCAACAGCUCACUCAGCGUAACUAAAACCCCCUCCUAUCCCCCAAACAGACUGAGUGUGGAACCAGCCAAGCACCACGAAACGGGAGGCCAUUUCCUUCCCCUAGUGAAACCCAAGUACGGGAGACCUCUGAAGCCUCCGUCUUACGAACUGCAGCGGCAGACAAGGUCACCUGCAGAAACUGUGGGUUUCCAGGACCACUACCAGAAAGAUGAACCCAUCCCCUACUUAGCCAAAGUUAAUGAGCCAAGGCAAGAUGCUUGCAUUCAAGACUCUGCUUUGGAGCCCCCGGUCUAUGUACCUCCUCCAUCUUACAAAUCCCCAACUCACCAAAAUGUGACCCCACAUCCCCUCAAUGAAGUGCCUAACAAUGACACGUAUGCCAGCAGUGAUCAGCAGGGUCCUGUGGAACGGGUUGUCCCCUGCCAACGACCAGCUGCCAAUACUUUUGAAGUGGGAGGCGACCCUUGCAAAGACAACCACCUUCCUCAUGGGAAGCAAAGCCAUGCGAGGCGCCCUGCUGACUACUUGCGUUCUGUUCAGUAUAUUCCAUUUGACGAUCCUCGAAUACGACAUAUUAAAAUUGCACCACCGGAAGGUCUGCAGGACAACGCUAAAUACACUGAAAAUGCAUGUAGUCCCCGUUCUGGUGCUUUGCAAGAGAGAGAUCUUGAAGUACAGUACAACAGUGCCUUCUCGGAUGCAUCAAACUUGACCAAUUCUGCAAAGGGAGAAAGAACUUCCAACAGCUCCACCCAUAGCAACAGAUGGUUGGCACCAUCCAUCCGAGAUCAGGAAAAUUGUGCCUUGCCGGACCAAAGAGAUAGUUGUAGCACAACUAAUCACAGCCCCCGUAAUGAAGCCAGCAUAGAGUACGCAAAAGGCAAACUCUCUGUAAGAAAUUCACAUAUGGACAGCACCUGUGAGACUGUUACAAAAGUGAAAAAGUUUGAACCUGGAACUGGGAUGCAGAGCAAAAAGAGUUCAAAGAAAAAAAUGAAUGAAACUAUAUUUUGUUUGGUCUCUAUCCCAGUUAAAUCAGAAUCCAAUCUGCCAGAUACAGAUAGGAACAACAACAUAACCCAGAGCCCUGAUAAGAAUGGGUUUGAUAACAAUGGGGCUUUGCAAGAACAAAGUCUCUUAAGUAUGUCUUCAACGGACUUGGAGUUACAAGCGCUUACAGGAAGCAUGACCAAUAAAAAUGAGUUACAAAAACAAGAGUUGUGGAGACCAGAAGAGUUCAAACAAAUGAAUGACCUCAGAUUUAUUCAGCCUACAAAACACAGAGAGCUCAAAUACUCUGGCUCCUGGCCAGGUGAUCAGUACAAAGACCAGCAGACACAGACCAGUUUCACUGAAGAACCUAAUAGCCCACAGUUUUUCCAUGGUAAAAAGCCUGGGCAGCCCAGUAGUAACAAAACGCUGUCUCCAAAGCUCCCAGGAUGUACAGCAUCCACCACAGGGUCAAAACAGGCAGGGUUGCCUUCUGACGAGAGAAGCUGCAGACAGACCGCCUACGGCAUGAAGGGUCAGAUGCAUCUCAGCCAGUCUAGCAACAGUGCAUUUUCCAGGACUGCCACCUCGGUCCUUCAGGCCCCAUCUCCAAAAGCCCACCAGAGCCAGCCCAUGCCUGCCCAGGAGAGGGAAACCGGCCUUUUUCCCCGGGGAGAUAUAGUUAAGGGAGAAGCAGGCGCUCCCUGCAACAGUAAAGAGCUGUUUGGGCAGUUUCUGUUGAAACCUGUCAGUCGCCGUCCCUGGGAUGCAAUAAGUGAGCUAGAAAGUUUUAACAAGGAGCUGCAAGAGCAGGAGGAGAGCACAAGCAGUGAAGAAGAUUUGGAAAGUGCUGCAGCUUCUCCACAGGCAGGUGCCCUUACACAGAGGAGGGCAUCCAGAAAUGAGAAGUUGAACCAGGAGCCAAAAUACGGUAGGAAAUCAGAAAUGGUGGUCUCAGAGGUGCCUGUAUUUAAGCCAGGAAGAGUUAAAAGUAAGUCUGAAAGUUGGAGUGUGGGGACAGAGCAUGGCGGUGAGCCGGGCUGCGUUGGCUCUCAAGGCGCCUCGCAGCCAGGAGGGAGCAGUGAAGGAGUCAGGCCAGCAGAUGGAAGUCUGAUAACAGAAAUGAGGACAGGGGAAGCCAAGAGCAGAACAAGCAAGCAGCAAGUUCGUGUGGGCCCUCUCAAGAGAGUUUUGUCCAGUAGCCCAAGCAGUUCAUGUCACAGUAAUCCUUUCAAUAACCCUGUCUUGCAGGAGAUGAGCGAAGACCAAAAUUACCUAGACUUUGUUAAACUAAGCAAAGGUGUAACUCCCACGAAUGACACGGCAUUAGAGAGAGGCUCAGUAGUACGCUUGUCACUAACGAAGAGGAACCAAGGGCGCUCUGAGCCGGAUUUGAGGUCAGUGGGACUUGAUGUAGCCCCAGGACCUGGUGCUAACAAUUCCGAUCACUCUUCAAAUGCAAAUGCAGUGGAAAUCCCUGUGAAUGAGUCAUUGCAGGCCAGAGCUGCAAGAAUUUUAGGUAUAGAUAUAGCAGUGGAGUCUCUCCUUCCAGAUGACCAUGUUGGGUCCCAUGCAGGCACUAGCCCUGCAAAUGGUGCCCAGGACUUUGAGUCAUCACUGGGGAGCACAGUAAGUGAAAAAGAAGGAAAAAAAGAGGGUUCUUAUGAAGGCAGACGAAAGUGUGGCUGGACAGAGAGUGCUCUCUUUGUCAGAGUGGGAGGCCGAUCUUUAUACCCUGAUGAAGGCCAGACCACUCACCAGGAAGCCAGCGCUAAAACACCGGUAACUGAGCAAGUUCUUGAACAACCUGCGAGUCCCAGCCAAGGUGAGGACCAAAACUUGGUUUGCAAGUCAGCUGUGUAUCAGCAUUCAGAAAAGAGAGUGAGAAGCACCUCAAAAGUGAUAGAGACACUCCAAGGCAAGCUCACUUCUCCACCUAGCCGGACUGCCAUGGAUCGCUUAGUGCGAAUGAAAGAAGUUGACUCUGUGUCCCGGAUGAGACGUCUGAGCAUUAAGAGUGCAGACUCGGGAGAGGAGGUGGACGAGGAGAAGCUGUCGAGGGUACAAGAGGAGAGAGGAAACAAACUGGCAAGCUCAGGGGCUGUUUCCAAGCGUAUUAUCUCUCUCAGUGAAAACGGAUAUUUAGGUGGAAUGGACAAGAAGAGGAUCGACAGAGAUUUUUCUUUAGAUACAUAUGACCCCACCAAAGUUGAAAAGGUGUAAGAUGAACAGAGAGGAGAACAGAGAAUUCCGCUCUACUAAGAAUGUUUCACUGAUUUUUUUUUCUGGGUGCUUUUUGUUUGUCUUUUGUUCUUUGAUGCUUGGAAAUUGCCUCCAUUUGUGGUGUUCAUGGUGUACUGAUAAUGCCUUUACCACUGCCACUAGGAAUUAGCUAUUCGUAUCUGAAACUGUUGCGGAGACUACAGAAAAAUCUGACUUCUACAUUGGAACCAUCUGGCUUUGUAGCGUUAAGACUUACUACCUACUGUUGGCAAAGAGUUUUUAUCUGAACUCUAUUUCAGUCUUCAGCGGGGAUGAUGAAAUGCAUGAAGUGAGGCUUUUGAGCUUUCUCUUUGGUGUAAAUGUAAAUGUGGGAGAUUAGUGAAAUGUUUUUGAAAAGAAUGUGAAUUUAUAAGCUAAACUUCUAAGUAUCUACAGUCUAAACUUUGUUUAACUUAAGGGAUUUUUGGCCAUAAGUAGAAAGUGCUGCUGCACUACGUGGGGGAAGGAAUGCGAGAGAAUGGUAGCAAAGACUGAUGGUGAAAUUAUUUUUGACUUCCAGAGUAUGAAUUUACUCGGAUUAAAUACUUACUUGCCACCUAGAGAGAAGAAAAGCAAAAACCCCAAAGCUUCUAAAAGAUGGAAGACUUUUGUAGUACAGUGUACAGAACCUGUAAUUAUAGUAGCUGGCAACUAGUGUUUCAAACCAAUGCAAAGUAUACCACUGGCUGUUUUGCACUCAGUAUUACCUAUUUUUGUUUUCCUGUUUAGAAAUUCUUUAUAUGAAAGAAUAGUAGCUGGUUUAAAAUAGCCCAUUUUAACAAAGUAACUAUAUUUCUUGUUACAGAAUACUAUCUAUUUUUCUACGAUGUAAACAAUUGCUAACAAGUGGCAAGUAUAAAGAAGUAUUAUUAUUAUUAUAAUUAUUAUAUUUUAAGAAGACUUACCCCUCUGAGUGAAGGUGCCCCAAGCAGAUUUCACUUGUGUAUCUUAAUGCACACUCCAUAUUGCCACAUACUCAGUAGUGCUACCUUAUUUUGUUCUAAAAAGAGCCAUCUAUGUAUGUAUGUAUGUAUGUAUGUAUGUACUACAGGGUUAAUUUCUGUUUUUCCCCACUCAACCCUUGGAUCGUUCUUCUUGGAGCCGCUUUCUGAAACACAGCUGAGAACUGUCCGGGCUGGUGUUGUGUUCCUGCCAUUGCAUUCCAGUGACGGUGAUUACCAAAAAGUGGGUUUGGAUCUUUGUCCCGGUGUCUCUGAGCGGCUCAGAUAAAAUACCUGGUUUCUUUCUUUUACUUUGUUCCCUUUUACAGAUUAUGGGUUUGGAUUAGGCCAGUGUAUAAAAAUAAACAAAACUGGGUUUAAUUCUUCCCUGAAGUCAACUGAUGUUGCUGGGGAGGAGUUCAGGUGUCUUCUUGAUGGCAUUUAAAUACAUGGCUUUAAGUAUAUUUUAUCUGCACACACAAAUGCAUGAAUUACAGAGUUUAUAAUAAAGCCUAUGCGUUCUGCUCUUUGAUACUGAAUUAGCCUGCAUAGUAUCUGUGUUUUUAAAGCCUUUUUGUCCACUCCUGUGUGUUUUUUUGUAAGUACCUGUGUACUAACAUUCUUCUGAUGACUUGUUCAUGUACUUCACUGGUCUAAUCUACUGGCCUUUUCUGGGUUUUAGCAUAAUUUUAUUUUUAAAAAUCUUCUAAUUUCUUUAAAUAUUUUUUCCUAAGCCUGUAAUUUGGAAAGAACGAUGGGGAAAAACACUCAUCCUGUUUUUUGGCAGCAAGAGUUUCUUGUCUGUAACACAUGAUUCUGUUAAAUAUGGACUAUUUAAAGCUCGUUUGAAAAGAAAAUGUGGUGUAUAAUUUAUUUUAUUAACUCUUGUGCAUGCUGUGUAGCAAUACUUGUUGACAAACUGUUCUCACCACUCUUACUGUAUCCACCUUUCUUCAUCACCAUCUAAGACAUCUAGGGACUAGUAAAUAGCUACAAAACAUGUUUUACCCGCCUCCCCCCACCCGUCCCAAUUCUGCCCAUAAAAAAACAAUUCUUAAACAGAACUGUUUCAGCUCUCAUCAUCCCACUUACUAGUAAAGCUGAGAUGCCUAGCGAUAACUUGAAAGUUUUAAUUUAUCCUUGAUUUCUGGAGAACUGAAGAUUGUUCCAUAUAAUCAGUCCUGCUACCUUCAGUUCACGUCUCUGUGGAACAGGAGUUUUCUGAGCAUUUUAUUUUCUGAUGGGGAGGGGGUUAGUUCUGCAAGAUGUCUGUUUCAUCAGUCAUGACAAGUAAUUACUUUUCCAAUGCACAUAAGCAACCAAGAUUUUAAAAAUGAAAAAAAAAAAAAAGAAAAAAGAAAGAAAUAGGAAGCAACAGUAUUGCAGGGAGGGUUUCAUUGUCUAAGAAUCAGAAAUUAAAACCUAGAAAGUUAGUGAACUUUGUUUUGCAGUAGUAGGUGACUUACCAGUGGAUGACAGGCUAGAGUUAGUACUGCUUUAAAAAUAGUGUAUUCCUCUAACACACUGGCUGCUUCAUGUCAUGCACACAGCUAGGAAAUACAUGGAGUACAUUUUUAUGAAUGGUUGUGGCUCAGUGUUUCUUCAGUACCUGUGCCAUAAUUAAAAUGUCAGCUCUCGGAAUGGGCUGGAUGGUACCGUAGCUGAGCACCUUUCCAGAAGCCUUUUGCCAGUUGAGAACAGCAGUAAACAGCAAGCUCCUUUUACACCAGAUGUAGUUAAAAACCAGUAAAUGGUGACUUUCAGUGCCUGUCUCAAUGGGUGCAUAAAACUGUCAUGGCAACAGCUGUCACUGGUAAUGGCAACGGCAGGAGCUCAGAGGAGGAGGAUGUGGCCGUCUGGUUCCAGUGCCUCCUGGAACGCAGGCGUGUGACUGCAGAGCGGCAGUGAAGAACUGCGUUUAUUCUCAGGACGAGGAGCAGAGCUAGAACCUCAGAAAUCACGUUGUUACAAGCUGUUGAGUAUCCAGCUUGUGCUGUGGCUGUACUGGUGUAGCCAGGGAAGCUGGGGUUGGAUGACAGGUUAUCAAAGUGCUCGGUUGGGGAGAUACCAGUUUCACGAGCAUUCCCAGAAAAUCAUGCAAAAAAACCCCGUGCCUGGUUUAUACAUUUAAAAAAUGUUUAAUGGGGAGAUUCCCCAGGAGAUGGAUAGCUAAAUAGGACCUGCCGUCUCCUUCCAUUUACCCCGUUGAAAUCCAGAAUGGUUAGUCAGCCUAAGGGGCAAGCGAUGGUAACAGCACCUUGGUGGCAGUGCUAAGUUGCCAGGAAGAUACACAACGAACCCAACGUUUCAGGCUCUUCUCUUCUGCCUGAGACAGCAGACUCACCCGUGAGCUGCGGGGCUACUGAAGUCCCGCCUUACUCGCCCAUGCGGCCGGAGACAGGCGAGUCCCCGGGGCGCCGAGCGGCGGCUGCGGGAGGGGCGUUCGGGGGGAUGCGGUGUUCCGAGGGGAAAGCGCUCCCUCCUGCGGCUCCCCGCAGCACCAGCGGGAAGGCUGCUGCCACGGCCAACCGCUGUUUGCGGAUGCCACUCCGGCCUCCUGGCAUUUUGAACUAGACAGAAGUGUGGUCCGAGAAGAACUGUUAAGUAUGUGUUUCAAAUCCCACUGCCAUCACAGCUAAAACGGGGGUGGGAUGCGGGAGGGAAAUCCCUCUGAAUGACUCAGGAUCGCCGAUGACUGAAAUGCCCAGCAAUAUUCCUGACCAAGCAUCACUUGUCACCUACUAACUCAAGAAACCUCCCCUUGGUUGCAUUUCAUGCUACAGGUUUUAUGGCAGGUUAGUCAUUACUGCCAGCUAUCCUUUACCAAACCCAUCAAGUUUCCUUGACUCAGCUCCUGAUCUUGGGAGCAAAUAGUCCAUAUACUGAAAUAUCCAAUAACUCUCGAAAAAAGUUAAGGACAGCAUAUGCUUAAAAUGGUCAAGUAACAGAAUUAAUAACUCACCCUUCAAAAAUAACCAGUCCCAUCAAGCUUAUUUACCUAAGUAAUUAGAAAUUAGCAAAAUAUUUCUGUUUGUUUAAUAUCAUAAAUCAAUAUUAAUAUCUAGGACCAACAUUCUGUUGCCUUUGCCACAUGGACAGCCAGCUGAAUGUUAGUUUUACAGUACUCGACCUUCUCUUUGCGUUAAAAUGUUGAUAUUUUCUUCAUUGGCUCUUUUCAAAGGAAAAAACAGUGGAGUGAUUGGAAGAGAAGUGAAAUGUUCUUGCAUUUUAAAUGGCAGAAGUUCUUGCAAUUUCAAAGUGGGCACUUUUGUCCUGGUUCAAGAUCUGAUAGAGGCAAGUAUAUGUGAGAAGUGAACUUUUACUUGGCAGGAGCCAUCACCUGAAAGAAGAGAGACAAAACAGUGUUAAAAGGAAUGGAAAGGCUUGACAGCUUGUCAGACUUUUGAACGUUUUCUGUAACACUGUCCUUUUGGAGGACAUCGGUAUUUUCUUGGUUGAGGAUCAAACGAUCCCCUAAUUUCCCUUCACUGGCAAUAAGACAUGAUGCUGCAACCCUAAUUUAGUGAGAUUUAAUUACAUGUGGAGUCUCCAAAGUUUAAACUUCUAUUCUUCUGCAUAAUCACAAUAAAAGAGCAAGCUGAAGAUUUCAUGAGAUGAUGACUAUAUCAUUGAAUUCAUUCAAAAAGUUGGGAAAUGGUGAUUUAAUUCUUAUUCAAACUCAUAUGAAAAUGUUCAUUGCACCUCCCCCUGGGGAUUAAAUGAAAGCUGUUUACCAUCAACUCUAUUUUUAAAGAAAAAAAUGCUUCAAACAAAGAAAAAGGGAAAUCCUGAUAUCAAUAGCAAAGCCCAUAACGGCAAUGCUACCUCCCACCCAUGCUGAAAAAUAUGUUUGCAAUAUGGCUUGCAGAGCUGCACAGCAGGGAGAGGGUGAAGGGAACUUAAGUCAGAAUUGACCGACACAUGGCUGAGAUUAGAAAUAAAAAUUACAUUUCCCAGCCAAGAGAAACCGCAAUAACAUACAGAUUAUGAAAUGAAGGGGGAACUUUCCACCCUCAACAGCAGCAAUCUCAGCCUUCUUUUGAGCUCUGGACCAGCAGAGAAAAUAAUCAGAACCAUUCCAAAAGCCAUUCCUAACCUGGAAGGAAAACAAGGAGAUAUAUGUGCCAGACAGUAUAUCAGUAUCCUUGUGUCUUUGUCCUUACACAAUGCAGAUAAUUCUCCACACUGACUUUCAAGAUACUGUGGCCUAUCUCCAAAACUAAUACUAUGUCAUUGUCGUGUUUUUCUGCUCUAACUAGCCCAAAGACAGAUUUAGAGGGAUAAAAAGAGAGGAAAUAGAAGUAAGCAAUUAAAAUACUAUUUAUAUGAUAUCAGAAGAUUAAUCUGUUUUAAGCAUUUUCUUUGUAUUUUUUUCUGCACAAUGCAAAUACUGUGGUUUUGGGCUUAUGUGUAAACUGGAGGGGUGAUGUU